ACAUGUGUGUGUGCCAUUUGCAUAAAUGAAACAAGUGGAGGAAGAAAACUGCUGAUUACUCCGAGAUUGUCGAAGCGAGCGUCGUCGUCGUCGUCGUUGUCGUCGUCGUCGUCGUCGUCGCCCCCCUCCCCCCUCGACUCGACGUUAACGAGUCAAGAAUUAAGGGAUAGCUCGUUUUUCGUGAAAACGCGACGCGACAUGACGGCGAGGGGUGGUGUCGUCGCGGCGGCGACGGCGACGACGACGACGACAGCGACGACUACGAUAAUAACGAUUACAGCAGCGUCGUCAUUAUCGUCGUCGUCGUCGUCGUCGUCGUCGACGUCGACAAGCGUGGCCACACCGUCGCGCCGUCUACUCGCGACGACCCUGCCGCUGCUGUUGUUGCUGCUAAUGUCGACGCAUCCUGGCCCGGCCGCGGCUUCCUGUCGGUGGACCAACGAGGCUGGAAACGACACCCGCUCGGCGGACUGCGCCCUUCGCGUCCUGGAUCCCACGGCAAUCGUCGCUUUAGCGCCGUCCCUGGACGGUGCGCUCAGAUUGCGGAUUCGCUGCAGCGACGUACAUCAUUUCGAGAGUAGCUUGAACGCGCAGAGCUGGCAACGGCUCGCCGGCCUACACGAGCUUCACGUUCACGGCUGCAAAGUGUUGCAGAUACCGGACGGUGCGUUUCAACCGUUGCUCGAGCUCAAGCGACUCGUCGUGCAAACCUUCAACGCUGCCUGGGGCGCCGCCAAGUAUUUAGAGUUCGCGCCACGCUCUCUCCUAGGCCUUCGCGAGCUCCACACUCUUGAAAUCGUCGAGAGCAACGUGCUGGCGUUGCCGCCUGAUUUGCUUUGCGAACUGGACAACCUGCAGACCCUCAAUCUCACCGGGAAUCGUAUUCGCGACGUCAGCGAUAUCGGUCUGAAGGCGCGCGGGGACAUCGACGCCGAGGAGGCCUGUCGCGCCGACGUCCGGAUUUUGGAUCUGUCGCGCAACGAGCUCCAACGAUUGUCGGAAAACGGACCGCUGGUGAGCCUACGACAAUUGCAGGAGCUGCACUUGCAACGCAACGCCAUCGCCGAGAUCGGCAAGAACGCCCUGGACGGGCUAACCGUCCUGCGCACCUUCAACGCCAGCCACAACGUCCUAGACUCCUUGCCCGAGGGCCUGUUCGCCAGCACGCGCGACCUGCGGGAAAUACACCUCGCGCACAAUGGACUACGGACGUUGCCACGGGGCGUGUUUACUCAUCUCGAGCAGCUCCUAGUUUUGAAUCUCGCCAACAAUCGCCUUGGCAGCGAUCGCGUCGACGAGACCACCUUUCUCGGCCUAAUUCGCCUCAUCGUCCUCGAUCUGUCGUACAAUCAACUCACGCACAUCGACGCCCGGAUGUUUAAGGAUCUGUUUUUCUUGCAGAUUCUCGAUUUACGCAACAAUUCGAUCGAUCGUAUCGAGGGUAACGCCUUUCUGCCGCUCUACAAUCUGCACACGCUCGAACUGUCGGACAACAAGCUCCAUACCGUCGGAGCGCAGCUUUUCAACGGUCUUUUCGUCCUGAAUCGCCUGACCAUGUCCGGGAAUUCGAUCGCGAGCAUCGACACGGUGGCGUUUCGCAAUUGUUCCGAUCUUAAGGAAUUGGAUCUGAGCGGCAACGAGCUCACCGCCGUGCCGGACGCGUUGCGCGAUCUUGCCUUUCUCAAGACUUUGGACCUGGGCGAGAACCGGAUCAACGAGUUCCACAACGGCUCAUUCCGCAAUCUCCACCAGCUCACCGGUCUUCGUCUGAUCGGCAACGACAUUGGCAAUCUGACGCGCGGCAUGCUUUGGGACCUGCCGAAUCUGCAGAUUCUCAAUCUGGCCCGUAACAAAGUGCAACACGUGGAGCGGCACGCGUUCGAGCGCAACGUCAGACUCGAGGCUAUUCGAUUGGACGGCAACUUUUUGUCGGACAUUAACGGCGUCUUCACCAGUAUCGCUAGUCUGCUGCUGCUAAAUCUAUCGGAGAAUCACAUAGAGUGGUUCGAUUACGCCUUUAUCCCGGGCAAUCUCAAGUGGCUCGACAUUCACGGCAACUUUAUCGAGAGUCUUGGCAAUUAUUACAAGAUUCGCGACUCCAAGGUCCGAACGCUGGACGCCAGUCAUAAUCGCAUCACCGAACUCUCGCCGCUCUCCGUGCCGGCGAGCGUCGAGUUGCUGUUCAUCAACAAUAAUUACAUCAGCAUCGUACGGCCUAAUACGUUUGCCGACAAGGUGAAUCUUACUCGGGUGGACAUGUACGCCAACAUGAUCGAGACGAUGGAAUUGACGUCCCUGCUCCUGACCAAGGUGCCGGAGAGCAAACCCCUGCCCGAGUUCUACAUCGGGGGUAACCCGUUCAAUUGCAAUUGCUCGAUGGACUGGCUCCCGGCUAUCAACAAUCAGACCUCGACGAGGGAGUACCCGCGGGUCAUGGACCUCGACAACGCCAUGUGCCGUACCUCCGGGCCGCGGGGAGUCGCCAUCGUCCCGGCCUCGAGCGCCCGCUCGGAGCAAUUCCUCUGCCGCUACGAGGCGCACUGCUUCGCCUUGUGCCACUGCUGCGAUUUCGACGCCUGCGACUGCGAGAUGACCUGUCCCGCCGGCUGCAAAUGUUACAACGACCGCACGUGGAACACGAACGCGGUCGAUUGCUCGGGUCUCGGGGUCGAGGAGAUUCCACGGAGGAUACCGAUGGACGCCACCGAAGUAUACCUGGACGGCAACGUGUUGCGAGAGUUGCAGAAUCAUGCUUUUAUCGGUCGCAAAAAUAUGCGCGUGCUCUACGUAAAUGCCAGCGGCAUCGAAUCCAUCCAGAACCGUACGUUCAACGGUCUCAACAAUUUGCAGAUUCUCCAUCUCGAGGACAAUCGGAUACGCGAGCUCAAGGGCUUCGAAUUCGAACGUUUAUCGCACUUGCGCGAGCUCUAUUUGCAAAACAAUGCGAUCGGCUUUAUCGGAAAUCUUACCUUUCUGCCGCUGCGCUCGCUCGAGAUUCUGAGGCUGCACGGCAAUCGACUGGUGACGUUCCCCGUGUGGCAGGUCACCCUCAACGCCCGAUUGGUCGAGCUGUCGCUGGGCGGGAAUCCGUGGUCCUGCCGCUGCAAGUUUCUGCAAGAGCUAUCCUCGUGGGUGUCGGACAACGCGCACAAAGUCAUCGACGCGAGCGACGUAUGGUGUUACUACGGCGGCGACGCCCGGCAGACGGCCUAUCGACGUCGUCUCAACGUCAACGAGACCGCUUGCUCGGACUACUUCUCCCAAGGCGGCGUGAUCGAAAGUAUCAUGGUGUCGGACUAUUUGCCCCUGGUGGCCGCCACUCUCUCGGCCGUCCUCGUUCUCCUGGUGAUCAUAGUCCUCGCCUUUGUGUUUCGCGAGCCCGUCGGCGCCUGGGCGUACUCCAAGUACGGACUGCGCUUCCUGCGCGCCAAACCCGGCAAGGCCGUCGUGACGACGGCGAGCGGCAUGGGCUCCGCGGCCGCCGUGGCCGUGGGUUGCCGCGACGCCGAUCGCGAUCGCGCCUACGACUGCUACGUUUGCUACAGCCCGAACGACGAGGACUUUGUCGCGCGAUCGUUGGCGGUCGAGCUGGAGCACGGCGGCGCCGAUCUAAGACUCUGCCUCCAUCACCGGGACUUGCCUUGCGUUCUGCGCGCUUCCGCGCCCGCGCCCGCGGUCCUCGAGGCGGUCGACGCGUCCCGACGCGUGUUGAUCGUGCUGACUCGCAAUUUCCUCCAGACCGAGUGGUCGCGCUUCGAGUUUCGCGCGGCGCUGCACGAGGCUCUGCGCGGCCGUGCCUCCCAGCUGAUCAUCGUCCAGGCCGGCCACGUCGGCGUCGAGAUCGAACGCGAUCCCGAGUUGCGACCUUACCUGCGAACCGCGGCGCACAUACUUACGUGGGGAGAGAAGAGGUUUUGGGAACGAUUGCGUUACGCCAUCCCGCCGUCCGCGACCGCCGCCGUUGUCGCUCCCAGUGCCCCUCCCGGCGCCGCCGUUGCCGCCGGGGACGUCGCCGUCGAGACCAAAUCCUCGCCGCUCGUUUAUAAACGUAACAUCAACACUUAUACGCUGGACGGUGGGAUCGGCAGCCUCGAGAAGAGCAGCGUUUCGACUUUGCGCGGUGGUCAACGCGCCGCGCUCUUCAAGGACGCCUCUUCGGCGCUCAUGCUGCAACACGCCCCGCCCGCUUAUUCGUGCGGUGCCCCGCUUUCUCCCAUAUUACCGCAACAACAACAGCAGCAGCCGCCGCCCCCGCAAUCGCUUCUGUCGUCGCCGGCGCAACCCAGGUUGACGGUCAAUCACGCUUACCGAGACGCGAUGCCGGCCGCCACGACCAACAGCAUCGGCGAAGACCAUAGGAGACCGUUGUCCGAGCACAUCUACUCGUCCAUCGAUUCGGACUACUCCACCCUCGAGAGGACCGCCUGGAGACAACAGCAGCCGCCACCUUCCCCGCCCCCGCCCUCCUCCGGACAGGCCUAUCUAGUUUAGCUUCGUCGCGUCGUUCAUUUUUGACUCUCGUAACAAUGAGCGGGCUCGUUCUCGAAUGGUUGUGCUGAAUCUUGCGUUCGUCAUUCGACCGCGACACCGAUCUCGACGUCGAUUUCGACAGACUAUGAAUUCUCGAAGACGCUGGACGCGUCUGUCGUCGAGACACGUGUGUACAUAACUCGGAGACGUUGUCGCGAAGCGAGAGAGAGACAGAGUGUCUACGUAUCGUAAUUAUCCGUAAAGACUUUGGAGAUGUGAUAAUGGAUCUUUGUUUGUCGCAUUUUUCCCUUUUCCGUUUUUUUUUUCUCCAUCUCUCUUCGCUCUUCGUUCGACGUAAUAAGAUUUCCUUCCCUGCGUAUGCGAAAUAAUUGUGAAUAACUUUUCGCGAAAUACGCUUUGUUUAGAUGUAUCGUUUGGUUGUUCCUUUAUGAACGCAAAUUAAUUUUUUCACAACAAAAAAAAAUAUAUAUAUAUAUAUAUAUAUAUAUAUAUAUAUAUAUGUUGAUAUAAUUCGUAAAUUUUUCAACUGUGUUCCAUUGCGAAUUGAAAAUUUCUACAAAUUAAAAGCGUAAGAUGAAAAAAGAUUUGUAUUUACUUUUAUAUGAUUGAUGAUUGAUGAUUCCAUGAUUUCUCUUUGUUACAAUCUUUAUUUAUUUUGAACGAUUUAUCAAGAAACUAUCAUAUAAGGAUAAAGUAAGAGUUUUGAGACACUUUGUUUAUUUCAUCCGAUUACUUUCCAGCGAGCGCGAAUACGCGCAAGAAUCUCAUCUCGCGUGAUCGUAUACAAGUCAUCGAGCUGUCCCUUUCGCGGCAGAUUUUACUCUUGUGUAAAUACUUACUUCUACUUACUGCGAACUCGUGUAAAUAUGCUACUAUGCGGUACAUCUGUACAUACAAUGUACGUACACUGUGCGAGCGUGCGUGCGGGCGUAUGUGUGUGUGUGUGUGUGUGUGUGUCUGACCGUCUGUGUGUAAAUACAUACACGUAAUUGACAUGCGUCACAUUUCGCCGCGUAAUAGGAUCAUGAUGCUAGCUUGGAUUCUGAAUUUCCGAUUAAAUGAAUGACUUUUUGUAAUUUUAUAUAUCCGCGAAAAAAAGGAGAGAAAAAUGUGAUUGUACGAUAUGUAAAUAUGUAUAUUGAAUACAUACCCUUUAUUGCUGCGCCUCGUGUAAGAUACUGUUUGUCGCGUGAAAGAGAGGGUAAGAAAUGAAGAGUGAGAAACAAAAACGAGAGGCAUGCGCCCGCGAUCCGUCGAGUAUAAAACAUGCAAACGUUUGCGCAUGUGUCGUGAAACUCUCUUAACUGUAUACUUGACUUAUUUAAAACAUGUGAAUAAAUUUAUAAAAUACGUUA